AUGGAGCCGACAGGGCCAGCUCAGCCUUCAAAGGCAACUGCAUACACCACAGAGGGGAACGUAGUGACCUCAAACCCAGCAGAGCAGCGUUCCGCUCAAAAUCAUACUCAUGGCGGCCGUGUUGAACAGCGCCUUCCCACCUCUCAGGCAUCUGUAGUGCAGGAGGCAACGCCUACCAGCCUGGCUCGCGGAAUCAGGGGCGCACCCCCUGGUGAGGAGCAAUUUGGGAGAACGGCAGAGCAAGUCGGCCGCAACCAAGAGUUGGAGGGUGAACAGAUGCGAGCACCUGGUGAAGGUGAUGUCGCGGAUACUGUUGAUAGAAAGCCGGGUGCCAGCGGAUCGCAGCCGGAUCUAGCGAGCGACCUCGACAGGAAGAAGGCUGAGCAGGCAUCAAAAAGAGAGGCCAUCAAGGAUGCGAGGGCACAUGGGACUUUCUCUGAAGGCGUCGAUCCACGAGCUGGAGUUGAAACAUAA